AUGGUCUUCCAAGCUCUGAACCCAAUUGUCAAGAAGCUUCAGGAUAAUGGUACAAACGGCAGAAGGAUGUAUGAAUUGAAGGGUGUCCGGGGACUUUCUCCCAAAGCAUUAAAGUGA